GCGCUUGCGCGUCACGGUCUUGCCAUACCCCUUCAAAGUACUUAACCUUCAUCCUCUUUGACCCCCACUGAUAAUGGACCACUUUCCGACCAACUGGGGCCGUCCGAGAAAUGACGCUUUUGAUGCUUAUGCUACUUUCCCCAUCCAUCAGCGGCCAUCGAACGGGCCCAAAGAUGCCUUCAGUCAAGGCGUCCAGCGGACACAGCAGCCUAUUGUGACGGGCACGAGUGUGCUUGCUAUCAAGUUCAAGGAUGGGAUUAUGAUGGCAGCGGACAAUCUUGCUUCGUACGGCUCUCUCGCACGCUUCAAGGACGUCCAACGUCUACAGCCCGUCGGCGAAUACACCGUCAUCGGAGCGGGUGGAGAUAUGUCCGACUUCCAGUACAUCCAAAGCCUGCUUGAUGACCUGGUGGUCGAGGAAUUCACGAACCAGGACGGGCAUGGUCUGGGUCCGAAGGAGAUCCACGAAUACCUGAGCCAGGUGAUGUACGGCAGGAGAACGAAGAUCAAUCCACUUUGGAACAGCAUUCUCGUUGGAGGUGUCAAAGAUGGUCAGAGAUUCCUGGCGUACGUCGACCUGCUCGGUACAACCUACUCUGCAUCUACUCUUGCUACUGGAUACGGCGCAUACAUUGCUCAGCCACUACUCCGACGUGCAGUCGAAGGAAGGGAGGAUACAUUAACGCAGGAGGAAGCGACGAAGAUCAUAGAGGAUUGCAUGCGGGUACUUUUCUACAGGGAUGCCCGGAGCUUGAACAAGUAUCAAAUAGCCACAAUCACCGCUUCCGGCGCGUCGAUCUCGGAUUCCAAGGCUUUGGAAACAUCGUGGGGCUUUGCGGAGGGGAUCCGGGGGUAUGGUGCACAGACGCAGUAAUUGUAACAAGAUUGCCAUGGAGCACCGCAUACACUGUUCAUUUACGUGCGCCGCGCCUUUCUGUAUUAUUCCAUUCUUCGGCCAAAAGCAUUUAUUAACCUUGUGCGAUGGCUGAGGACGAGUCCACAUCUCAAGAUCGAUUGGUAGGGCAACGACUCGAGGGACUGGUGCGAUGAGCUAUUUUUACUUCCGC